GUAGAAGAGUGGGUGUUGUAGUUCACGGAGGGCAGUAAGCUAGUCUGACUACCGGAGACUCGAACCGCUGCUUUAGAUUCGAGGAUAAACCGGCGGCUCAAGACUUUCCCAAGAAACACCGAUCCUUUCGUUUGUCAUUUAAAUCGAUUGUCGGUGCUGCAAGAUGGAGGCCCACACUUCCUGUCGGCAGCUGUCCAGGAAGAGGAGGAGAGAGGGCUCAAACGGGGAGGCCGAGGAGAGAGACAGAGCUGUUAAAGUCCCAAGAUGCACUGUGGGGUUGAAGCAUCCUGCUCCGUUUGCUGAUGAGCUGGAGCCGGCAGACAGUAAGCCCUACCAGAGAGUCAGCAUGGAGGAGGCCAAGCGAGGCACCCCACCUGAUAGGCCGGUGAGGGUGUACGCAGAUGGCAUCUUCGAUGUGUUCCACUCCGGCCACGCCCGCGCCCUCAUGCAGGCCAAGGGCCUGUUCCCCAACACACACCUCAUCGUAGGAGUGUGUAGUGACGACCUGACACACCAGUUUAAGGGCUUUACGGUGAUGAACGAAGACGAGCGCUAUGAUGCUGUUAGCCACUGUCGCUACAUAGACGAGGUGGUGAGGAACGCACCCUGGACCCUCUCCCCAGAGUUCCUGGCCAAGCACCGGAUCGACUUUGUUGCCCAUGACGACAUCCCAUACUCCUCAGCGGGAAGUGACGACGUUUACAAGCACAUCAAAGAGGCGGGCAUGUUCGCUCCCACCCAGCGGACAGAGGGCAUCUCCACCUCUGACAUCAUCACGCGGAUCGUACGAGACUACGAUGUGUACGUCAGACGCAACCUGCAGCGGGGUUACACCGCCAAGGAGCUGAACGUCAGCUUCAUUAACGAGAAGAAGUACCACCUGCAGGAGCGGGUGGACAAGGUGAAGAGGAAGGUGAAAGAUGUUGAGGAGAAGAGCAAGGAGUUCGUCCAGAAGGUGGAGGAGAAGAGUAUCGACCUCAUUCAGAAGUGGGAGGAGAAAUCUCGGGAGUUCAUCGGCAACUUCCUGCAGAUGUUUGGUCCAGAGGGGGCGCUGAAACACAUGUUGAAGGAGGGUCGAGGGCGUAUGCUCCAGGCCAUCAGCCCCAGGCAGAGCCCUAACAGCAGCCCCACCAGGGAGGAGCGCUCCCCCUCCCCCUCCUUCCGCCUCCCCUUCUUCACCAAGACCUCCCCCCCUCCCUCCCCCCCCUCCCACCACGUCGCCCGUGGUUACCCCAUCAGCGAGGAUGACGAUGACGAAGACGAGGAUUAAAGAGGGAGGGGCUCCUCUCUCUGUCCUAGCCCUCUGUUGCCGGUAGCAACGCCAUAGAUUCUCCAAUCGCAAGCCAGUUUGUUGGAUUAUGCCUGUAGAGCUCAUCCAAUCAUGGGCCAGUUGUUUGUUAAUAGUGUUCCCCUGAUCGUUUUUUGUUGUUCCGUUGUUACCACAGCAACCAGAGCCAGUCGCUUCACAUGGAUCGCACUUGAUUUUAGUUUGUGUUUUAGACACGUUUUAAUUUUUUGUAUGUUUAUUUUAACCACUUGUUAAGUCGGGGGGGUUUUGGGAUUUCACUUCCUGUGUUACUUUCUCACUUCCUACAUGUCAUAUUCUCAGUUACUUCCUGUAAGUUACUUCUUCAUUUACACCUGUAUGUGAUGAUCUCACUCACUUCCUGUUAGGUUUUCUGUCACCCAGAUGUGUGACGAUGUUCUAGAGACUUGUUGAAGCAGGGGAUUGUGGGAUAUGCUGUCUGAGCUCCAGACCAACCCUGGAGGACCACAGCAGAACUCAGCUGUCCAGGGUGUGUCUGUCCAGACCAGCUCUCCCGUGUGUGUGUGUGUUCGUCCACACGCAUGUGUUUGUGAGUGUGUGUGCAUGCAUGCCUCUGGAGAGACUGUCUAACAGGAGGAGAGACUGUCUAAGAGGAAGGUUCUUCUUGAGUUUAGAACCAGAGUCCUGGUCUGUCUGGGUUCAGGGUUCUACAGCUGGGGAGAGAAAGUGGUUGUGUGUGUAUCUGUGUGUGUGUAUAUCUGUAUGAUUUAAACAAAAAAGCGAAUCUCCGAUCGCCUCCUACUAGCCCCUCCUCCCUAUGCACUGUGGAGAUCUGAUAGGACGAGAGAAAUUCUAGGAAGAAUAUUAAAGACGGUAUCAGACGUUCACAGCGGGCGAAUCACGGUUGUUAAGCGACGUGCUAGGCUGAGGGCAUGGCUUGUCCGUCACCAUGGUGAUACAGCGUGAGUGUGUGUUCAUCAGGAAGCUGAAACAAGGGGAGAUUCUUCUUUUAAAGCCGGUAAUCUUGUAACCAUAACGGACGGGAUUCCAUCCGUUUUUAAAUCUCACUGGUCUGAUGUUAUGGAACAUCUGAUCAAUCAGUUCUUCUGACUUACGAGAGUUCCAAAAGUCUGGAUCCUGAAGGAGGAAAUCCUGGAGCAAUUUCAGUUUGAAUCCUGUUCUCUGCCUGGGGAGGGGAGAGCUGUCUAAGACAGUCUGUGAGUGUUAUGGAGAGCCUGAAUGUUCAGGCCAGACGAAUGAUGAGAGAAAAGAACAAAAAACACAAAUGCAACAAAUAAAGAUGUUAAUUACA